AUGUUUUCUUUUGUUAUUAAUCAGAGGGCUCUGCCUAUCCAAACAGUCCACCCUGUGGCCAGAAUCCUCAAGGAAGGCUUAAUAAGCUUCAAGAAGACAGCACUUCAACGGUCCAGAGCAGCAGCUGGUCAGUUAGCUCAAGCUGAGCGCAUGGUCAAACGUAGUCGUGUAGAACAUGUCCCAGGUAAUCCAGGAGAUAACGUGACAAUUCCCAUCCCAUUAGUUGAUCGAGGAAAAGGUGAUCCACGAAUUGUUAUCGGUGUUAUCUUAGAUCGUAAUGAAAAUGAGAUGUAUCGAAUAGGCGCGAGAGAUGGAAUAAUCAAGGGGCGCUAUAGUAGGGGCCAAUUUGAUAUUUGCAGCCAGCAACUGUAUAGUAUUGGUGAAGUGAGUGCAGACAAGGAGGUAGGACUACGUCAGGCAGUACAGCAAUCAUCUAGGUUUGGUGGUCAAGGUUAUGCCAAGUGCAACUGUACUGUAGGCAAGAAACAGUGUCAAACAAAUCGCUGUAAAUGUUACAAAGAAGGUUACAAGUGCAAUAGUCGGUGCCACUCUGGCUUGAAUUGUAGGAAUAAAAACUGA